AUGUCCACGCUCUUCCCCUCCCUGCUGCCGCGGAUAACGGAGUCGCUGUGGUUUAACUUGGACCGACCGUGCGUGGACGAGGCGGAGCUGCAUCAGCAGGAGCAGCAGCACCAGACCUGGUUGCAGAGCAUUGCCGAGAAAGACAACAAUCUGAUGCCCAUUGGGAAACCUAUUUUUGAGGCUGGCUAUGAAGAGGAAGAAGAAGAGGAUGAUGAAGACGAAGAGGACAGUGAGGAGGACUCUGAAGAUGAAGAAGACAUGCAGGACAUGGAUGAAAUGAAUGACUACAAUGAGUCACCUGAUGAUGGCGAGAUCAAUGAGGUGGACAUGGAAGGACCAGAUCAAGACCAAGACCAAUGGAUGAUUUAAGACUGAAGCAAAUAUUUGCCACGCAGUUUGGCUUUGAAUUUCUUUUUCAUGCUUUAAGAGUGACCGCAGCUCCUCUGGUCUGUGACACAUCUAUUAAGUAUUUGUGAAAAUAGGAAAAGUUGAAACACAGAAUACUACAGGUUGAGGUUUGCUCAUUUUUUAAACUUGGACUCAAGUCCAUCGGUCUUAGAGGGCUUUGUUGAUGACUGUGUCACUGCCUGUGAGACACUGGUGUGAUUGGAGACAUUGCUGUUAUCUUUUUAAUGGCAUUCUGUGAACUUUCCAGGUGAGUAAUUCUAAGUUAUAUGUUCCAGUUAAAGGAAUCCCAGACCUGUAUGGUGCUCAAAAAAGACUCUGUUUGCUGCUGUUUUGUAAGCGGUUUAGUGUACAACCUGAAGUUGCAUCCUGAUGGACAGGUCCAUUUACUCUCAUUUAAACUUUAACCUCAUCAUAUCUUCAAUCAUGUGCUUCUGAGAGCUUCCAAAUAGCUGAUCAAGCACAAACUCAGCUCAGUCAGCAAAAUAAUUUUUUACCAGUGAAACUGACAUUACUUAAGUGUUAAGUUCAGCUGUUUAAUUGCAGCGAUGUGUUUGUUGCUGACCUCUUGGUUAUGGAAGACCCUUCAGUAGAAUAUAUAAAGAGCUCUGACACUGAGGGUUAGAUACUUUGUUAACCAUUAAAAUCAGUUGAUAUUGCCCAUCUCAAAUCCUCCCACCUUCUUGGAAUGCAACUAUUGGCAAAGGUUUUGCUUAUAUCUUCCAAGAUUAAAUUAUUUUACAAUUCUGUUGAAUUAUUUUUGAUGAGGCAGCGCUUUAGUUUCAAGUAUCCUCUCAUGCCAUAAAUAAACAGUCGAAUGUAAGAUAGAAAUGUGUAAAUUCUUAUACUUGUCAAUGCCCAUGUACAUUUGAUUGUAAUAAAAUUUUAGAUUUUGUUUAUUCUGCUGACAUUUACUUUAUAUAGUUUAAUGUUUAAAAUCAGGAAACAUUUAAGAUGAGUGAAACUGUAAGCGAUUUUAACAUUAUAUGUUGCAUAUAUUCAUUUAAUCUCCUAGGGAUCUGUUUUCAUCAUUCAGGGAAAUCACUUAUUUUUUAUCAUUUACUCUGGCAUUCUUACAGCCUCUGCCAAGGCCAAUGGUCUGUUUUGAAGUUAAAAAAAUUGUGAUAAGCGCCAAGAUUAAACAGCUCUUGUCUUUGCUCAUGGUUCCAAUUGCAAUAAAAUUUAAUUAAGUUACAAACACUUUAUGGAAAACUUUGUCAAUCUUAAAAUUGUAGAUUCACAGACUGCAGUCCUAGUUUACUUGAUUCCCUGGUACACCAGCUCAGCCAUCCCAUCCCUUAUGCCUUUGCUGUAUUCCAGCGUGGCUCUGUGGAUCUUCCAUUCAUACAGGCCACUUUUGCGAAUGUGUCGAAGGAACUUUGGAGCCCCAGGAAACAAAACGUUGUCGGCCAAAAUCAUAGAUCCUUUUCCAAGCAGACCAGAGCCCUCCAACAUCUGUAGAUCAGGAAGGUAGCAUUUCUUCCAGUGGUCCAUGAAGACAAAAUCCAGCCUCUCCAAAUUGUAGUCGCUUCGCAGCCGAGGUAUCACCUCAUCAGACGGAUUGAUGAUGAGCUCCACUGUGUCAUCAUCAAAUCCUGCUAAACGAAUGAUCUUCUCAGCGAUGGCAGCAUUCCUCUGGUCCAUCUCAAUGCUGUAGAGCCUGGCCCCCAGAGGCAGAGCCCGAGCAAUCCGCACAGUGCUGUACCCACAGUGGGCCCCCAGCUCCAGCACUGUCAAAGGGCUCUGUUCCAUCAGCAGACGGUCCAAGACUUUCCCUUUUUGGGGGCCAAUGUUGCUGAUGAACUCCACCUUACUGCACCAGAUAUCAAAGGCUUCCAGGAUACUGUCAGGGUCUCCGGGGAUGGAAUGAGUGAGAACGUACUGGUAGGCUCGCUCCUCUCGACUCAACCCAGUGACGCAGUCCUUCCAUAUUCUGACCAGGACGGCUCGAUAUAGCAGUACAAAGUAAUAACGGUAGCGAAUGAUCAAUGUCAGCAGAAGAGGAAUGAAGGCCAGAGCAAUAGCAGGUGACGCCAUCCUAUUUAUCCAAAGAGCAGAGGAACUGAUGAUGAACACAGCUCAUAAGCUGUACUUUA